AUGUAUCAGGAACUCUUCAAAAUAGGACACACUAUCCCUUAUCCCGAGGUCCAAAACACGGUCGACCUAGACGACGCCAACUUCUGGACAUGCGCUGCUUGUCGCCUCCCGAUAUUCUCCACCCCUUUCGUGGAAGAUAAAUUGGGGGGCAGCAAUCUCCUGCUUCACGAUCAAUGCUCCGACAAAUCUCUCCCUCCCCAACUCCCGGGCCAUCCCCUGCACCCCAGGGACCCCUCAUCCUCCGACACCAUCGCCGCCGCCCGGAAGAAGAUGACAAUGCAGGAUAUGAUUGCAAACGAUGUUUGUCGAUUUGCGGGAGCAAAUUUUACGAGUGUCCGAUGGUUGAUGAUCGAGACUGUGGGUUCAGGCUCGAUCUCCCGUGCGCCCUGUCCAUCACGGUCUUACAUAGGAGCCACGAGCACAGUGUUGGUUAGUGAAGCAGAGUUCACGGAUCUACUUCGUCUGCCGAUGGAAAACGAGCACGCUAGCGCGAUGCCGCAUAUUAUGAAAACCAAGGCACACGCGUACCCGUCGUUUUGUCUCGGCAGUACUACGACGAGUCACGAUCAUCCAAUUAGUUCUAUGACUAGCAAUUCAUCCUCACUUACUCAACUUUCGAGUAUGAGCGAAUCGUUUUCAUUAGAAACUAUCAGAGUACACGAGCAUCCCUUGAUCUAUCACGAUCGUAAUGACAUAGUUCGUGUUUGCAAUGCCUGCACUCAAAUUAUCCUUCCACCCGAUCCAUUUUACAGUUGCGCACAUAAUAAUAAUAAUAAUAAUAAUAAUAAUAAUACGUGCAAAGAUUUCUCUCUGCACAGCUGUUGUUACAGUUUUCCAAAAACUUUUGGGUCCUACCAUACCGGCUACUGUUCGUUUAGACCAAAGGUAGCCACAAAACCCUUCGCCAUAUUCGAGUGUGUGGUUUGCAAGCACAAAUGCAACGGGUCCGCUUACUAUAUCCAAGGAGGAGAGGAAAAGUAUAUGGAUGUGGUGUGUGCCUUAAUGCCUCACUUGAUCAUGCACGGUGCCCACGGGAAGGCCCACAUUCUUCAAGGGAGGUGGGAAGUUGGCGAGUUCUACCAACAUCUUGUGAGAUCAACAUGUAAAUGCUGCCACGAAAAAUUCAACGAAGAUACGAUAACUUCAUAUACGUGUAGCAAUUGUCGUAGCUUCUCCAUCCACCCGCACUGCGCUUUUCUCCCGGAAACGGUCACCCACAAAUUCGACCGACACCCUUUGAAGCUAAUCACAAGCUCGAGCAGAGGAGAAGAAGAAGAAAACAGGCUUUGCGAGAAUUGCGAAAAGGACAUGGAUUUGGGAAAAUGGCACUACGGAUGCGAAGAAUGUGAACAAUAUUUUCACGCAAACUGCAUUCCUUGUCUCGAUCGUCUGUCAAAGAUUAAGUUCGGUUUUGAGGUUUCGGUCGGAUUCCAUGAGUGUCCGGUUGCCUGCGUUCGGGCUGUUUCGGUCGAUGGAUACCCGUGUGGCCAUUGUGGGAAAAGCAUAAGGGAGAGUGAUGAUAUAGCAUUUGAAUGCUCCAAGUGUUAUUUCAGGAUGCAUCAAGGGUGUGUCCAGGAGCUUAUGAUAAAGACUUAA